ACUGAGCACGACUUGCCUUGUUGCGGAGAAUUCGUCAGAAAAUCUGCUGCUACAUCAACGAGAUCCAGUGCCGCGUGUCUUAUCUACCAAAAUUAGACCGCAAUGCCUGUAGAAAAAGGUCUGCAAGACAUGUCAAUAGCCGAAAUCUUCACAUCGGACAAGACGGGCAACGACGACACCGGCGAUGGAUCCGAGGCAAAGCCUUUCAAAACCGUGCUGCGGGCAAUGCGACAUGCCGGAAAAGAACCUUUCCCGACCAUCUACGUCGACGCAAAAGACGCUUCAAAGCAAUACGAGCCAGCAGCAAAGUCGCAGUUAAAAAAAGUCCACAAGAUUUGGGUUCGGGAGCAACACAAGAAUGAAGACAAGGCCAAGAGGGAAGGGGAGGACGCUGAGAAGCGGGCCAAAAAUCUGGAGGAGGCCAAGGCCAUCACCAUCAAGGAAGACUCAAGCCUGCCCAAGGCUGUGCAAACCAAAAUUUACACAUGUGAAAAAUACAGAGGCUCCAGAAUCAGGGUUUACGGGUGGGUCCAUCGCCUCAGACGCCAAGGCAAGGCUCUGAUGUUUGUCACUUUGAGAGACGGCACCGGCUACUUGCAGUGUGUACUUAACGACCUGCUCUGCCAAACCUACGAAGCCGUCUUGCUCUCCACCGAAGCAGCAGUCCUCCUUUACGGAACCCUGCAGGCAGUUCCCGAAGGCAAAAAUGCUCCAGGCGGUCAUGAACUGCAAGUUGAUUACUGGCAACUUGUUGGCCCCUCCCCGCCGGGUGGAGCUGACGCAAUUCUGAACGAAGAUGCAAACCCUGAUGUGCAGCUUGAUAACAGGCAUAUCAUGAUUAGAGGAGAAAAUACAUCAAUGAUUUUGAAGAUGCGUUCUGUAGUGAUGCAAGCUUUCCGCUCUCACUACUUUGACCGUGGGUACUUUGAGGUGACGCCUCCAACCCUGGUGCAGACCCAGGUCGAAGGUGGCUCCACCCUGUUUAAACUGAACUACUUUGGUGAGGAAGCGUACCUGACCCAAAGCUCACAGCUCUAUCUGGAAACCUGCAUUCCUGCGAUGGGCGACGUCUUCUGCAUCGCCGAGAGCUACCGCGCUGAGCAAAGCCGCACAAGACGUCACCUUGCUGAGUACACCCAUAUCGAGGGCGAGUGUCCUUUUAUAACUUUUGAGGAAUUGCUGGACCGCCUGGAGGAUUUGGUUUGUGAUGUUGUCCAAAGAGUGCUCGACUCUCCUUUUGGCUACAUGGUGAAGGAGCUGAACCCGGACUUCAAGCCGCCCAAGAAACCCUUCCGCCGCAUGAACUACUCCGAGGCCAUCGAGUACCUCAAGGCCAACAACAUCACAAAGGACGACGGAACUUUUUACGAGUUCGGAGAGGACAUUCCUGAAAUGCCUGAGCGUAAAAUGACAGACAAGAUCAACGAGCCAAUCAUGUUGUGCAGAUUCCCGGCGGAAAUCAAAUCAUUCUACAUGGCGAAGUGCCCGGAGGACAAACGUCUUACGGAAUCAGUUGAUGUGCUCCUUCCUGGAGUUGGAGAAAUUGUGGGAGGCUCCAUGCGUUCGUGGGACAUGCAGGAGCUGCUCGAUGGCUACAAGCGGGAGGGAAUCGACCCCACCCCCUACUAUUGGUACAUUGACCAGAGGAAGUUUGGCUCCUGCCCCCACGGUGGCUACGGCCUUGGCCUUGAAAGGUUUUUGUGCUGGUUGCUGAACAGGUACCACAUCCGAGAGGUCUGUCUGUACCCCCGCUUCUUGGAACGCUGCAAACCAUAAGGAUGCCUAUUUAUUAAAAAAACUUACAUUUCCUGCUGUUUUGCAAAUUCGAUUUGCAUAUGUUGUUUUGUAAAAGUUUGAGAAAAAAUAACCCCUUUUUCAUCUUAUUUUGCAUCGGAGCUCUCCUUGGAGGAAAAUAAAAAUACAUUUUCAUUUGGAA